UACCUUUAUUUUUGGAGUCUCUUAGAGGAGACAAAUCAGGGAAGACCAGCUGUCCCUCAAUUGGGGGAUCAAUUCCUUCUACCAGAAUCACUUCUGUGUAGAGACACAGGGCAUAUUUUAACACAGAAGAUACUCCAAAUAAUCCCAAGAUGAAUGAGCAGAGGUUCACUUUCUCAACUGCAAGAUUUCAUAAAUCUUCAGUGCUGCAGAACCAGGAGAGGACUGAGGAGACUCAGAGGCCUAGAAAAGCUGGAAACAGAGUCUGCUGGCAGAUCACUGUGACAGCUCUUGGAAUCCUGUGUUUCUUUCGGCUAGUAUCGGUUGCAGUGAUGGUGAUAAACAUUUUUCAGUACAGUCAAGAAAAACAUGAACUUCAGGAAACACUAUCCAACCUCCACCAUAACUACAGCACCAUGCAAAAUGACAUCAACUUAAAGGAAGAAAUGCUGAGAGAUAUGUCUACAGAGUAUAGUGCUGUUAAUCAUUUUCUGGACUUCCUCAACAGAGAAAAGAACAGAUGUUACAACAAAACCAAGACUGUUUUAGAUUCUUCACAGCACUCAGGUAGAGGUGUUGAAAUGCACUGGUUCUGUUAUGGUAUAAAAUGUUAUUAUUUCAUCAUGGACAGAAAAACAUGGAGUGGAUGUACCCAGACCUGUCAGAAUUUCAGUUUGCCCCUUCUGACGAUAGAUGAUGAGGAUGAACUGAUGUUCCUUCAUCUCCUUGUUACUCCAGACAGUUACUGGAUUGGAUUGUCUUAUGAUAAUAAAAAAAGUGAUUGGACAUGGAUUGACAACAACCCAUCUAAACUUGCCUUGAACACAAGGAAAUACAAUAUUAAGGAUGGAGGAUGUGUAUUCUUAUCUAAAACAAGACUAGACAAUAUUAACUGUGAUAAUUUAUUCAGUUGUAUUUGUGGGAAGAGACUGGAUAAAUUCCCUGACUGACAAUCCAGUGAAUGUUAAAGUCUGCAGGGCAAACAGAGAGACAAUCUGGAAGAUUUUGGGAAUGUUCUUUGGAAUCUUACUUGACAGAGCAGAGGACAUCUUCCUUCCAUCUGGAGACAAGAAAGAUCCUCUGCUGCAUGCCACAAAGCCUGGAGGAAUUUGUCAUAUUUGUUUGCAUAAACUCCCACAGAACUAAAUAAAGAACCAUAACAAACA